UUGCCACUAGGCUUCCCUUUCAUGUUACUAAUUUAAGGUGUCUUUGUUCAUGUUCCAGUAGUAAACCACACAGCAAAAUAUAUACUACUACUGAUAUUCUGAGUGAGAUACAUUUUCAAUUAGAGCUCAUUGUUGAGUGAUCGCUCGCUAUUUCUGGCUGGAAAAAAGUAGAGGAAGAAGUAGAAGAUGGAAUCUUCAGACAAAGUAGUAGAGACGGUAAUAGUUGGGAAUUAUGUAGAGAUGGAGACUGAAGGAAAAUCUAAAGAUGUUAAGUCAAAAAUCUCUAAGUUUUUUUGGCAUGGUGGUUCUGCUUAUGAUGCUUGGUUCAGCUGUGCCUCUAAUCAGGUAGCUCAAGUGCUAUUGACGCUGCCAUACUCAUUUUCUCAACUAGGAAUGCUUUCUGGGAUUUCAUUUCAGCUAUUUUACGGUUUAAUGGGUAGUUGGACAGCUUAUCUUAUUAGUAUCCUCUAUAUUGAGUACAGAACCAGAAAAGAAAGAGAAAAAGUUGAUUUCCGCAAUCACGUUAUUCAGUGGUUCGAAGUUCUUGAUGGGCUACUUGGAAAACAUUGGAGGAACGUGGGUUUGGCAUUUAAUUGCACUUUUCUCCUGUUUGGAUCAGUGAUUCAACUCAUUGCUUGUGCAAGCAAUAUAUAUUACAUAAACGAUAAUUUGGACAAGAGAACAUGGACUUAUAUUUUUGGUGCUUGUUGUGCCACCACAGUCUUCAUUCCUUCUUUCCACAAUUAUAGAAUCUGGUCUUUCCUUGGCUUGUUAAUGACCACUUUCACUGCUUGGUAUCUUACUGUUGCAUCAAUACUCCAUGGCCAGGUGGAGGGGGUGAAGCACUCGGGUCCAACCAAGUUAGUACUAUAUUUCACAGGAGCCACAAACAUUCUCUACACAUUUGGGGGACAUGCUGUUACUGUGGAGGUAAUGCAUGCAAUGUGGAAACCACAAAAGUUCAAGGCAAUUUACUUAUGGGCAACACUCUAUGUAUUGACACUCACACUUCCAUCAGCAGCAGCAGUGUAUUGGGCAUUUGGUGAUUUGCUUCUUGAUCACUCCAAUGCCUUCUCUCUCCUUCCAAGAACACCCUUUAGAGACAUGGCUGUCAUACUUAUGCUCAUUCAUCAGUUUAUAACAUUUGGAUUUGCUUGCACUCCAUUGUAUUUCGUAUGGGAAAAGGCCAUAGGCAUGCACGAGUGCAAGAGCCUGUGCACAAGGGCGGCGGCGAGGUUGCCGGUGGUGAUUCCUAUAUGGUUUCUGGCCAUUGUUUUCCCUUUCUUUGGUCCUAUCAAUUCCACAGUUGGAUCACUUCUAGUUAGCUUCACUGUCUACAUUAUCCCUGCUCUUGCUCACAUGUUUACCUUCAAAUCAGCUGCUGCUCGAGAGAAUGCAGUAGAACAACCACCAAGAUUUGUAGGAAGAUGGGCUGGCACAUUUACAAUUAACAUAUUUGUAGUUGUUUGGGUAUUCAUUAUUGGGUUUGGAUUUGGUGGUUGGGCUAGUAUGCUCAAUUUCAUUCAUCAAAUUGACACAUUUGGCCUUUUCACCAAGUGUUACCAAUGCCCAAUUCCUAAACAAUUCCCCACCCCACCACCGCCCUACGCCGCCGCUCCACAGCCUUCUCCGGCCAAUUUAACUCACCCCCACCACCCAUGAGCCGCCGGAGUUUAAAGGAGUUUUCAACAAAACCUAAUUGGCUCUUUUUUCUCUCUCAAUUGCCACGAGAAUGUUGAAAUGUGACAACAAUAGUUCUUUGCUCCGAGGAAGAGAUUUUCUUUUUACCUGAAAAUUUUUAUUUUAGCUAGAGUUGGAAUAUUGGUUGGAAUUUGAAAUGGAGUAUGCAACAAUAAUUGUAAUUU